UCUGACAUACUGUAGCAUAGGAUAAAUAUGUACGUUCUAUACAUAUAUACUUUUUGCAUGCUUCCAACAAUGACGUUGCUAAAAACUCCUUUCCAUUCAUUCAUUCAUAUGCUAUUCGAAUCAUUUCGAAGUCCUGCACAACAACCAACACCAUGGAUAAAAAUAUGUAUGAACAUACAUACAUACAUAGUAGUAAUGGCGCAAGGAAAUGCCAAGACGAUCUCAUUUAAUUCCACAACUAAGCGCGAUUUCUGUAUUGAAGCGCCAGAUGAAGGUCAAAUUGAAAAGGGUGCACAACAACAAAUUACAUGUUGUACGGACUCGGACGAUGUACAGUUUAAAUAUCGUUACAACGUAAUGUUAUUAGAAACCACCAAUGAAUUGUUUUGGACUUCCGCUGAUUUGCUGAUUAAAGCAACCAAGCGAACUGCGAACAACGCCGAAGAUCAUUUCCAAUUGCAAGAUGAAGUGCAGGCAUUGCAAAAACUACGGGAGCACUAUGAGCAUCAGCUGCGUCUUGUGGGACUGGAACUCUGCGACCUGCCUGAUGAUGUUUGUAAUUUAUUAGAAGAAUGUGCAGAACUGCAAAAGGUCACACAGCUGCAUGACUUACACUUGGAAUAUCUGAAAGAAUUUUAUUACGUUAAAUUGAAGGAGCAUUUGGAAAAUGGUAUAACCAUCGCUAAAAUGCAAUCAGAAAUCAAGGAACAAGAACAACAACUACAAAAAGAAAUAGCGGAAUGCAAUUUACUUGAAAAGUUUAUAACGUCUGUCAAUAAGCGAUUGAUAUCCGAAUCAGAAAUGCAGCGUAAUAAAAUUAUGAUUGAGGGCAAAAUACAAAAUUUGCAAGAAAGACAAGGCGGAUUCAAUGUUCCUGAUGAUUUAAAUAUAGAUGAACUUGUGAAAAAAGUGGAACGAUUAGAGAAACUCAAGCAAAAGGAAAAAUAAUUUUCAUAAUAUUUACCUAAAGCAAGUGCAAAUGAAUAAUUUAAUGACAUGUUGUUAAAGCUCACAAAUUGCCAAGAGGAUGUAUACAUAAUUAAAUAUCUGAAGUUUUAUAGUUUGUAAAGCUGUAAGCAUUUAUAAAUAAAUUUAAAAAUAUAUAUAUA